CAGCGUGUCCUUUGCACCCUGCGUGCUCGUUCACGCCCGCUGCGUGUUCCCGUGAGCGUCGCUGGCUGCUGCGUAAUUUGCGCGCCGCCUAGCUCCCGAUGCAUAGGGAGUCUCGCUCUUUUCCCGAUCCUUUAAACAUAGAUGUUUCGAUUUCAGUCUCUGGAUGAAGACUGCACGUUGGAGGAGGAAGAGGAGGGACUGGUAGAGGAAGAAGAUGACAUUGAUCAGUUCAACGACGACACCUUUGGAGCUGGGGCCAUCGAUGACGAUUGGCAGGAGGAGCACAAACGCCUUGCUGAGCUCGAUGAGCGGGAUGGGUUAGGAGCAGGGCUCGGGUUUGGAGGAAGUGGCAGGGGAGGAGGAGGAGAAGGAAUGGGAGGAGAAUCAGAUAUGGGAGGAGCUGGAGACGCAUCCUCCAUCCAUCUUCCUCCUCCUGCCGGCCAUCUCCCCCUCCCCUCUUCCCUGCCUCCGCUUAAACUCUCCUCGUCUUCCUCUUCCUCUGGGCUGCCUCCGCCAGGUCUCGAGGAUCGAGGAGGGGGAGGCGACUUGGCCGAGUCCCUAGCCAGACUCAUCCUGGGGACCGACCCGGCCAUCGCUGGGGUCGGGGCAGCUGAGACGCCCGGCCCACCAGGAUCCAGCCUGUCUGCUCUGUCAGGCCUGGACCGAUCCAGAGGCCUGCCCCCGCCUUCCUCCCUCCCUCACCCUCCUCACCCUCACCAGCCCCCACAUCACCCACAGCAUCAGCUGCCUCCCGGGCCCUCUGGCUCAGGCCUCCCUCCUGGCCCUCGUCACCCGUCCAUGCUCAGCUACCAGCAGCAGCAGCACUUACUGCGCAGAGGGACUGCUCCCAUGGGCCAGAUGAAUUCUCACAAUAUCUGGGAGAACAGUAUGGGUUUCGGGCCGGUCAGUGUCACACCUGGACUGGUCACACACAUGGAGGAUAGCCCACUAAUGUCCAUCAUUAAGGAGGUGGGCCUUCCCAAGCGGCCUCCUCCAGUAAGGAGUGAUGAAGGGCGGGACUUGUCAGAGAGGGUCCCGCCUCCACGAUCUUCCUCACCAGUGAUUGGCUCCCCUCCGGUGAGGGCGGUGCCUAUCGGGACUCCGCCCAAACAACCGAUGAGCCACACCCUUAAUCAUCAGAUCCACCACGCCACGGCGGUUCAUGUGAGAGCCCCGGUCCAGCACAGAUACCCUCCUCCCUUCCCUGAGCAUCUGUCACCCAACACCCUCCUCAAUAUAGCUAACUCUCCACUGUGUCAUGGUCCGUUCCAUCCCGGUGUCGGUCCAGUCCUGCCUCAGAUCCAACGGGCUAAGCUGCUCAACUCUCAGGUGGCAGGUUUCCCUCGCGGUGGUCCGGCACCUCCCUUGUUACCGGGCGGCGGCGGUUUCAGGCCAUUCUUCGGAGGCCCCCCUCCUCCGCACGGUCACCGGAUGGGCCCACCGCCUCCCCACGGGCCUCCCAAUCACACCCCACCCGUCCGACACAACACCACCCACCUCCACCCUCAGCACCGCCGCAUGCUCACCCAGCGUAUGCAGAGCAGAGGAGGAGGGGACCGUGGCCGGGUCGGGGUGGACAGAAGGAGCAGGGACCCCUACAGCAAUCUGAUGACCCAGAGAGAGAAGGAAUGGGUGGCUAAGAUCCAGAUGAUGCAGCUGCAAAGCACCGACCCGUACCUGGACGACUACUACUACCAGAACUACUAUGAGAAGAUGGAAAAGCGUCAGGAGCGAGAGAGAGACAGCAGCAAGAAGGAACACACCACCAAACUCAUCACUCCACAGGUCGCCAAGGUUGAACACACCUACAGACCAGUUCAGUUUGCAGGCUCUCUAGGGAAGCUCACGGUUUCCAGUGUCAACAACCCCCGUAAGAUGAUCGAUGCUGUGGUGACGACUCGCACCGAUGACGAGGAGAAGAGAGAGAAGCAGGUUUGGAACAAGAGGAGGCAGAUCCUCUACACAGUGGAGAAGAUGUACAGCUUGCUGUUGGAGGUUCAGGACUUUGAGAAACGCUUCGUCCACACGCCGGAGGAGGAGAGGGAGGCUCUGCUGGAGCAGCACAAAACCAACACGCUGCAGCUCUGCAACUCCCUGCGGGAGAAAGAGUGGGACGACAGGGUCAGUGAUGAGCAGUGUGUGAUGAUCAUGUCAGUGAGGAAGGGGAAGCGGCUCGUCUCCAGGCUCCUCCCCUUCCUGCCCCCGGCCCAGGCUGCCGCUGUUGUCAUGGCGAUUGCCCGCAACCUUCCCGCCCUGGCCAAGAAGGACAAGCAGGAUCAGGUGCUGUGCUGGUUGAUGGAGCCGGUUGCCGUGGUGAUCCAGUCGUUGUCAAGCCCCGCCCUUACAGAUUUACUGCAGGAGCUUCAGGGCAGCGAGGGCCAGCUGGCCACAGUAUUGCACAACAAGUUUGGUGUGACACUGCUGUAUCUGAUCCUGAGUGAAGGAGAGCGGAUGCAGAGCUCCGACCCCAACUGUCAACUCAUGGACGACAAUCGAUGGACUGAGUUGGUGUUUUCGGUGACGAGGGAGUUGCUGAGUGUUCCCUCCUCCUCCCUCUCUCCUCCUCUCUUCACCCCUCCCAACCUGCUCUCCCUCUUCUCUCGAUACGUCGAUCGGCAGAGGCUCGAGCUGCUACAGGACAAGUUACAGAUCUCGGCUUUGUCCAGGUAGAAGUGACUACAGACACCGAGACAACAACCCCACCCCUCCCCUUGCCCUCCCGUCCCCACUCGACGCAGCCCUUCGUGUAUGUGUGUGUGUGUGUGUGUGUGUUUGCGUGUGCGAGAGAAAGAUAGAAUGAUGUGUGUUCUUGAGGUGCGUCUAUGGUGGAUAAUGAUUUUAAUCCAGCAGAAUCUCUAGUCACUUUUGUUUUUCUUUGUGUUUAGUCUCUGGUGUGUGUGUGUGUGUGUGCAUGUGUGUGUGGGUGCGUGGAUUGGUGUGCGUGCUCGAGCAAGUGUGUGAACGACUGAGACGCAGAGAGCGCGAGUGAGAGAUGGACGGUUUGAGCCGAGAGAAGAAUGAAUUCUGCAUUUUUAAAUAUCUUGUUAACGAUGAUGCCUGAUAAACCAUCAAAUUAAAAAGUAUUUCUAUUGUAUAAAA